GCUUUCUGUUUAGCCCUCAACCUCAAUCUCACUCUUUUUUCGGUGGAAUCAGGCACUAUGAGAAUUGGCGGCCUCCAUGCUCCUUCAUCCCCCAGCAUCAUCACGCCGGAAAGAAAUCUAUGCUCUACAAUAGUUCCUAGCUUUUGUAAGAAUUACAAAUGUAUCACAACGUUGCCUUCACUUGUCUGCAGAUCUUCGCGUUUGUCUAUACAGUGUGCUGUUCGCCUCCGCCCUUGCAUCGACAUACACCAGGGGAAAGUGAAGCAAAUUGUUGGGUCUACUCUUCGGGAUUCAAAGGAGGAUGGAUCUAGCCUUGUAACAAACUUUGAAUCAGAUAAGUCAGCAUCAGAGUUUGCAAAUUUGUACAAAGAAGAUGGGCUUGUGGGUGGUCAUGUAAUUAUGCUUGGAGCUGAUCCUUUAAGCAAAGCUGCUGCUGUGGAAGCACUGCAUGCUUAUCCUGGUGGCUUGCAGGUUGGAGGCGGUAUCAACACGAACAAUUGUUUAAGUUACAUAGAAGAAGGAGCAAGCCAUGUCAUUGUCACUUCGUAUGUGUUUAACAAUGGUCAAAUGGACUUGGAAAGGCUAAAAGAUCUUGUCCAAGUUGUUGGAAAGCAAAGGCUUGUGUUAGACCUUAGCUGCAGAAAGAAGGAAGGUAGAUAUGCAAUUGUAACUGAUAGAUGGCAGAAGUUCAGUGAUGUAUAUCUUGAUGAGGAAGUACUGGAAUUUCUUGCCAACUAUGCAAAUGAGUUCUUAGUUCAUGGCGUUGAUGUUGAAGGGAAAAAGCUGGGAAUUGAUGAAGAGCUUGUGUCAUUGCUUGGCAGGCACUCACCAAUUCCGGUGACCUAUGCUGGUGGUGUGACGGUAAUGAAUGAUCUAGAGAGGAUAAAGACAGCAGGGAAUGGAUGUGUUGAUGUUACUGUCGGCAGUGCUCUUGAUAUCUUUGGUGGGAACUUACCAUAUAAGGAUGUUGUUGCUUGGCAUGUCCAGCAGCAGCAGGAGACCUUGACAGUCUAGUGUCCUUUGUUUGUUUAAUUGGUCAAAAGGAAAAAUGGGUUCUCGUCUAUUUUCAUUUCUGGCCUUGUAAUUGCUUAGAUCUUUGUGGAAUAAUGUGUUCUUAUGGAGGAUAUUUAGUAGUGUCUGAGGCUGUUUCUUGAUGGAUUUUAUUGGAACUAAUUUGUAUCUGAUAUCACUGGUAGCUCCUUGUGUC